CCGCUCGGCCGCAGCAGCAAUGAUGGAGGGCGCUGGCCUGAGGGAGCAGCAGCAUCAGCGGCUGGCGGCGAGCGGACAGGCUCACCUGCUGCGCUACUGGGACGGCCUGGAGGGAGGCGAGCGCGCCGAGCUGCUGGCCGACCUCGACGACUGCCACUUCCCCGAGAGCCUGUGCUUCUUCCGCCGGGCCGCGCAGCAGGCGCCGCCGGAGCAGCAGCAGCAGUACAGGGUGGACGAGAGCAUGGAGCCGGUGCCCAAGGAGGUGCAGGGCAGCGUCAGCAGGGACCGGGAGCGGCUGCCGGGGUGGCAGACGGAGGGUCUCCAUCAAAUCUCACAAAGUAAAGUAGCUGUGCUGCUUUUGGCCGGUGGACAGGGUACCCGUCUCGGAGUAACCUUUCCCAAAGGAAUGUACAAUGUUGGCUUAUUAUCGCAAAAAACUCUCUUUCAAAUUCAAGCUGAACGGAUUUUGAAACUUCAACAAUGGGCUUCAGAGCAAUUUGGACACAAAUGCACGAUUCCAUGGUAUAUCAUGACCAGUGGUCGGACAAUGGAUUCGACAAAGGAGUUUUUUGUUAAAAAUGAUUACUUUCGCCUACAGAAGGAAAAUAUCAUAUUUUUCCAACAGGGAAUGUUGCCAGCUCUGACUUUUGAUGGGAAGGCCAUUCUUGAAGGAAAGAGUAAAAUUGCAAUGGCACCAGAUGGAAAUGGAGGCCUGUACCGUGCCCUUGGUAAUCAGAAGAUUGUGGAGGAUAUGGAAGAUCGAGGCAUUGCUUAUAUUCACGUGUAUUGUGUAGACAAUAUUCUUGUUAAAGUUGCAGAUCCAACCUUCAUAGGCUUUUGUGUGGAACAGCAAGCUGACUGUGGAGCCAAGGUAGUAGAAAAGACACACCCAACCGAGGCAGUUGGUGUUGUGUGUAAAGUGAAUGGCCUGUAUCAAGUUGUGGAGUACAGUGAGAUCACCCUAGCUACUGCCCAGAAACGGAAUGCUGAUGGACAUUUGAUGUUCAAUGCAGGGAACAUCUGUAACCACUACUUUACACUACAAUUUUUAAAGGACGUUGUGACAAUCCAUGAGCCUAAAUUGCAGCAUCACGUUGCCCGGAAGAAAAUUCCUUACAUUAAUGAUCAAGGUCAACAAAUUAAUCCGGACAAACCUAAUGGAAUUAAAAUGGAAAAAUUUGUGUUUGACAUAUUUCAAUUUUCCAAGAAAUUUGUAAUAUUUGAAGUCUUGCGGGAGGAUGAGUUCUCUCCAUUGAAGAACGCAGAUAGUCAAGAUGGGAAAGACACACCUACAACAGCACGCCAUGCAUUGAUGUCUCUCCACCAUCGCUGGGUACUAAAUGCAGGUGGGCACUUUGUUGAUGAAAAUGGAUCAAGGAUUCCUGCAAUUCCCAGUUCGGCGACUGGAAUGUCAGAAGCAGUCACUGCUGUUGUCAAUGACAAUAUGAAAGAGUUGACGGAUCUUCCAAUAAAAUGUGAAAUUUCACCGCUUGUGUCUUAUGCUGGAGAGGGUCUGGGAAAACAUGUUGCAGGACACGACUUCCGUGCUCCACUGAUCAUCGAUGAAAACGGGGUCCAUGAAUUGAUCAAGAAUGGCCUCUAAAAUGCGUGAAGACUACCAGCAGACUGAAGAUCCUUUUGAAGACUUCAUUGUACAGGAAUUAAACUUUGGAACAAAAUCCAGUUAGCACCAUUUGUACAUUGUUCAACAUUACAAGACAUAGUUUUAUCUGAAUUUCUUAAAUUAUUUUAAACAAAUUAUUUUCUUUGAAAGAAAAUUUUAGUAAACUAUUUUAGUUUUCGGUAUUUAAAUCAUUACCUGCAUUAUUACGGAAACAGGAUUGCUUGUUGAAAAGAAUAACAUUUGUUUCAGGGUACGGUUUUUGUAGAUCUAAAAUAUUAUUUUACAUUUUUAAAAUAAAUUGCCGCUCGUUAUAGUAUAUAAGGCACUGUCAAGAUAAUCAGUUAUUAAAACCCUUCCCAUAGCAAUAAUUAAAAUAUCAUGUUAAAUGAAGGAACAACGCAAGUUGGGGGAAAUGCAGCACAUGAGUUAUUGCUCAUAUUCAUGAAUGAACAAUGAUAUGGCAUCACUGCAUAUGUUGUAUGCUUUAUGAAGAGUUUAAAAUGAUACUAAUGAUUUGUAAUUUGAUCUGGACUGCUUUAUGCAUAAUUUCCAUGUCUUUUACAGUGAUCCUAAUCUGCUGAGCUUGCAAUAUAUACAGUAAACCCUCACAAUAACGGACCUCUAUAUAGCGGAUUUCAGUUAUAGCAGACCGAGGUUCCCAUGAAAAAGCCCCCACCCCCUUCAGCCAGUUUCCCAAAGAGCUGACGUCACGUAGCGGGAGCUUCGGUUGUGGGAGCAGAGGGAGGGAGCAGCAUGAAGGCUGCGUGUGUACUGGGCCCGUCCACUGGCGUGCCGCGUGUGGGGCCGGCCUGUAAAUUACCUCCUGGCGUAUCUGCCCUCACGGCCUUGGGUUAAUCGGCAAUAACAGACAUCAGCCCCACCAUGGUCCAUUAUUGUCUGAUUUUAUUGUAUUGCAGUCCAAUAUUAUUCAUUGUUCUACAGUUGUGUACUGUUCGGGUUGGAUGUUAUCACAGAUUUAACCUAUGUUUCAGUGGUUUCACUUGCACUAAGAAAAGAGUGCUGCAAUCAGUGGAGCUGCCUGCCUUGCUGCGCCAGUGGUUUGGGUUCAAUCCUGACCUCUCCUUCUGUCUUUCUCCUUUUUGCCCAUGUGGGUUUCCACCCACAUCCCAUAGUGGUAGGUAGGUUAAUUGGCCACUGUAAAUCGCCCCUAGGUUGCAUGGAUAUCUUGGAAUGUACUGAGAGUUAGACAAUAGGUGCAGGAGUAGGCCAUUCGGCCCUUCGAGCCAGCACAGCCAUUCAAUGUGAUCAUGGCUGAUCAUCCCCAAUCAGUACCCUGUUCCUGCCUUCUCCCCAUAUUCCCUGACUGCUAUUUUUAAGAGCUGAUGGGAAUAUGGAAGAAUAAAAAUUGGGGUUGACCUAGGGUUAGUGUAAAUGGUAGUUGAUGGUUGGUGUGGGCUUGGUGGGUAGAAGGGCCUGUUUCCAUGCUGUAUGAAUCUAUCAGGUCCGCUUUCUAUAUGGUGGGGGGCGGGGGAGGGAACGUUUGAAGUCUAGGGUAAGUAGUUAUUUUUUUGGAAUGUGACUAUUAUGAACUGGGGUUCUGUAGUCCAUUUUAAAGAUAUUUUGUGCAAGUCAUGAAAAUGAUGCUUUAUCUUCUUUAUCGAUGGGAUCUUGUUACUAUUGGGUCACAUCUACCAAUCUUUAAAUAAGCAAAAAAUGUAUUGUCAAAAUAAAUUCAGAACGUGGCUUUUGCAACAUUAACUAUCCACGUGACUUGUUCUUUGUCGUACAAUAUUUAUAAUAAUUGUUUUGGUAAAUUUGACCAUUUUAUUGUCCAAUAAAAUCAUAUUUAAUUA